AUGGCUACUCGUAAUAUCUUGAAACUGGGAGCUCUAGAGGCUCAGAAGACGGCGUUCCUACUAUGCGACAUCCAGGAAACUUUUAGACCUCACAUAAAAUACUUUGGAGAAGUUGUUAAAGUGGCGAAUAAAAUGGUAGAAGCAGCAAAACACUUCAAAAUACCUGUAUAUGUCUCCGAGCAGUACCCAAAAGGUCUCGGUCACACCACAAAGGAUAUCAACAUAUCUGAAGCAGCACUUGUCUACCCAAAGACUAAGUUCUCCAUGUAUACCCCGGAGUUGGAGGAGAAAUUGAAACAGGACGUGCCUGAUCUAAAAUCGGUGGUGUUGUUUGGUAUCGAGACACAUGUAUGUAUAGAGCAGACCGUGAUAGACCUACUGAGUAAGGACAUUGUGGUGCAUGUACUGGCUGACGGAGUGUCUUCCCGGUCUCUACUGGACAGGGGACUGGCUUUGCAGCGUCUUCAAUCCAUCGGCUGCUUCGUGGGCACCUCAGAAAAUGUUCUCUUCAAACUCAUGAGGGACAAAAACCACCCUGUAUUCAAACAAAUAUCUAAACUAAACAUGGUACCUACUUCUGACGAAUUUGGAAUGGCACAGAAAAGUCAGAUCUAA